CACAUCUGUUGAGAUAUUGUGAGGUAAAAGUUCUGUUUCUAUUACCUACUUAAUGACAAUUUUAUUUUAGACCCAUGGGAACACAUUCUUACUGACCAAGAGUCAGAAAUGAAAUUCAAUGCUAAUCUGAGCGAAUCCCUUAAGAAAUCUGGACAGAAUCCAAUUUUGCAAGGAUACCACAUAUAUGUCACAAAAAAUGUGAAACCAAUACCUGAAGAAAUCAAAGCAAUUGUCACUAGCUGUGGUGGAGUUAUUUUGCCAAUAGCUCGAUCAGCUUGGCCAGCAGAUAGCAAAGCUAUUUCAUGUGUUGAAGAUAAAACCACAAAGACCAAAUAUACUAAAAAAAUUCCAAUUGUGUCACCGGAAUGGCUGCUUGAAGGAGUUUUAAGACAGCAACUCAAUUUAGAAGACCAUCGUUUGAACUAGAUCUAACAUUUUAAAAAUUGAUCGUGAUUCCGUCAAUAAAAAUUUCUUGCAU